GGGUGGCUUCUGUGGAAAGGAGGAGAUGUCAGAAGCAUUUCUGCAGCAGUGGAGACCCAGGGGCAGUGGCUUUUCCAUUGGUUGGAUCCCAAACAAGUUGAGAUCGAUAGUAUGAAUGCCACUGAAUGGGGUGAAGCAGGAGGUGGGUGUCCAUCGUGUGCCGACUCUGUGCUUUAGGUCUGCAUGGAACAGAAGUGUGUGUCUGCUGCUGCCUUGAACUACAGUUGUGACAUAAGGAGAAAAUGCCACGAUCACGGUGUGUGUGACAGCAAAGGGGAUUGCCACUGUGAUGUUGGCUGGAAGCCCCCAGAUUGCAGGGAGAAAGCGGAGUCACGGGGAGGGAGCAGUGAGAGUGGUGAGCCCUGGAACAAGAGUUCACUGAAGACAUGGCAGCUUCUCACCUUGUGUCUCAGUGUGCCCAUCCUCCUUGGGCUCAUCUUCGUGGUGAUAAAGAGAAAGGAGCUGAAGCAAUGUCUGUCCACAGAGCAGCCACAAGAAGAGAAGUUUGAGGAAAGCACUGACAAGGAAAGGAGCACAAUGGAUGCAUAGCAGCACAGCUGGAAAGGCCUUUAAGGAUCUUGCCCAAUUCGUGGGUGUCUGUGAUGAUCUUCUGAAUGGAGGCAGCAGCAGCAGCAGCAUGGACCCCUGGGCAGGGGGCUGGAGUCUGUGUGAGGGACACUGAAAGGCCUCUGUCCCACUGUUGUGUCCUUGUGUGUGUUGUUCAA